CUCCUGCCGCGCCCGGGUCUCUGCCCGCAGUCGCCUGAGCCCCCCGGGCUGUGAAUGAAAGGCAGGCGCGGCCGGGGACUAGCUGCCAGCGACUCGGCGACGCCGGCCUCCUGGAGGCGCGCUCCUCGCGAUGUACGGUGUGUGCGGCUGCUGCGGCGCCCUUCGUCCUAGGUACAAGAGGCUGGUGGACAAUAUCUUCCCUGAAGAUCCUGAGGAUGGUCUGGUGAAGACCAACAUGGAGAAGCUGACCUUUUACGCCCUCUCAGCUCCGGAAAAAUUGGAUCGCAUUGGUGCCUACCUCUCAGAGAGGCUCAUCCGAGACGUAGGGCGCCAUCGCUAUGGGUACGUGUGCAUCGCCAUGGAGGCGCUGGACCAGCUGCUCAUGGCCUGCCACUGUCAGAGCAUCAACCUCUUCGUGGAAAGCUUCCUGAAAAUGGUGGCCAAGCUGCUGGAGUCGGAGAAGCCCAACCUGCAGAUCCUCGGCACCAACUCAUUUGUGAAGUUCGCCAACAUUGAAGAGGACACCCCAUCUUAUCAUCGGAGCUAUGACUUCUUUGUGUCCCGCUUUAGUGAAAUGUGCCACUCCAGCCACGAUGACUUGGAAAUCAAGACUAAAAUUCGAAUGUCAGGCAUCAAAGGUCUGCAAGGGGUCGUGAGGAAGACGGUGAAUGAUGAGCUGCAGGCCAACAUCUGGGACCCACAGCACAUGGACAAGAUCGUCCCGUCGCUGCUCUUCAAUCUGCAGCACGUAGAAGAGGCAGAGAGCCGGUCUCCCUCGCCCCUCCAAGCUCCUGAGAAGGAAAAGGAGAACCCAGCCGAGCUGGCUGAGAGGUGCCUGCGGGAGCUGCUAGGCCGAGCAGCCUUCGGCAAUAUAAAAAACGCCAUCAAACCUGUUCUCAUACACCUGGAUAACCAUUCUCUUUGGGAACCCAAGGUGUUCGCCACCCGUUGCUUUAAAAUCAUCAUGUACUCAAUUCAGCCGCAGCACUCCCACCUGGUUAUCCAGCAGCUCCUGAGCCACCUGGACGCCAACAGCCGCAGCGCGGCGACUGUGCGCGCAGGCAUCGUGGAGGUCCUAUCGGAAGCUGCGGUUAUCGCCGCCACCGGCUCUGUUGGACCCACGGUGCUGGAGAUGUUCAACACCCUGCUGCGGCAGCUGCGGCUCAGCAUCGACUACGCGUUAACCGGGAGCUACGACGGUGCUGUGAGCCUGGGCACCAAGAUCAUCAAGGAGCACGAAGAGCGCAUGUUCCAGGAGGCGGUCAUCAAGACCAUCGGCUCUUUUGCCAGUACUCUGCCCACCUAUCAGCGGUCUGAGGUGAUCCUCUUCAUCAUGAGCAAAGUCCCGAUACCCUCCCUGCACCACCCGGUGGAGACCGGAAGGACAGGGGAGAAUAGGAACCGGCUGACCCAGAUCAUGCUGUUGAAGUCUCUCCUUCAGGUAUCCACAGGAUUCCAGUGCAGCAACAUGAUGUCAGCCCUGCCCAGCAACUUCCUUGACCGUCUUCUUUCCACUGCCCUCAUGGAAGAUGCAGAAAUCCGCCUCUUCGUUCUGGAGAUUCUCAUCAGUUUCAUUGAUCGCCAUGGAAACCGUCACAAAUUCUCUACUAUCAGCACCCUCGGUGACAUCUCGGUCCUGAAGUUGAAAGUGGACAAGUGCUCCCGGCAGGACACUGUCUUCAUGAAGAAGCACUCCCAGCAGCUAUACCGGCACAUCUACAUGAGCUGUAAGGAGGGGACAAACACCCAGAAGCACUACGAGGCACUCUACGGCCUGCUGGCGCUCAUCAGCAUUGAGCUGGCCAACGAGGAGGUGAUGGUGGACCUCAUCCGACUGGUGCUGGCUGUUCAGGAUGUGGCCCAAGUCAAUGAAGAGAAUCUGCCUGCCUAUAACCGCUGUGCGCUCUACGCUCUGGGUGCAGCCUACCUGAACCUCAUUAGCCAGCUCACAACAGUGCCUGCCUUCUGCCAGCACAUCCAUGAGGUGAUAGAGACCAGGAAGAAAGAAGCGCCAUACAUGCUUCCCGAAGACGUGUUUGUGGAACGGCCCAGGCUGUCUCAAAAUCUAGAUGGUGUGGUGAUAGAGUUUCUCUUCCGCCAGAGUAAAAUCAGUGAAGUCCUGGGAGGCAGCGGCUACAAUUCAGACAGGCUCUGCCUGCCCUACAUCCCUCAGCUGACAGAUGAAGAUCGCUUGUCCAAGAGGAAGAGCAUUGGAGAGACAAUUUCCCUUCAGGUAGAGGUGGAAUCGAGGAACAGCCCAGAGAAAGAGGAGCGAGUGCCUGCAGAGGAAAUCACCUAUGAGACCCUGAAGAAGGCCAUUGUGGACAGUGUGGCAGUUGAGGAACAAGAACGUGAGCGGCGGCGACAGGUGGUAGAGAAAUUCCAGAAGGCACCCUUUGAGGAGAUUGCAGCCCACUGUGGGGCCCGGGCAUCACUGCUGCAGAGUAAACUCAACCAGAUCUUUGAAAUCACCAUCCGGCCCCCUCCAAGCCCUUCGGGGACCAUCACUGCAGCCUAUGGCCAGCCACAGAACCAUUCCAUCCCUGUCUAUGAGAUGAAGUUCCCCGAUCUGUGCGUGUACUGAAUUCCAAGAGGCAGAACUUCUCAGAGGACACUGUGAGGACCACCCUCCUGCC